CCUGAGAGCAGAGCCCCGGGUGUCACUGUGCCGCACUCACCUGCAGAGCCCCGCUCCCGCACGCUGUUCUGCAACCCGUCUCCUAAACGCGCUGCGCACCCGCAUCACGCUCUGGCCAUGUCUCGGCUGCUACACGGUGCCGUCGGAGAAUGGUGCGACUUGAAGGAGUUGCCUACAGAUCCGGGACUGCUGGGCAGAGACUACCUGCUGGAUGGCACAGACCCCAGAGCCUGGCUGUCCGCCUCCUCCCUGCAGAGCCACACGGACUACCUGCUGCACGUACAGAGCAGGGCGCACAAAGUCAGGGACCUGUGCAAGAUGAAGGAGCUGCGGGAGGAGGACGACGACGAGGAGGAAGACGAGGACGAAGAGAGGCUGUGCAGGCAACGUGCCCCCUCUAGCAAGGGCACCAACGGGGUGCAGAAGCAAAGGAGGCUUGCGGCCAACGCCAGGGAGAGGAGGAGGAUGCACGGGCUCAACCACGCCUUUGACCAGCUCCGAAAUGUCAUCCCCUCCUUCAACAACGACAAGAAACUGUCCAAGUACGAGACCCUUCAGAUGGCCCAGAUCUACAUCAACGCCCUGUCCGAUCUGCUGCAGGCGCCCCCCGAGCAUCCCCAGCCGUGCCCGUCCUACCCUUUGCACCCCGCAGGUGAGACUAGGAGGUUCAACGGAGACUUUUCCCUACAGCUGGACCCGCUCAACUAUUCCUUCCAAGAAGGGGUCACUCAGAAAGCGCUGUCUCCUACAUCGUCUACGUCUUCCCAGGGAGCGAUGGAAUCUGCAGAAGACAGCAAAACCUCUCCACGAUCGCACAGGAGUGAUGGCGAGUUCUCCCCCCACUCACAUUACAGCGACUCCGAUGAGGCCAGUUAGAUUCCCGUGUGCGGAAAGACCUAGUGGACAUGAACUCAGAAACCCACAGGGUGACACCUGUGUGACUCUCACCUGUCAUCAGGACAUUCUUCUGUCACCAUCAGCAAGUCGGUGUCAGGUUCUCUCUGACAAGUUCUUCCAACUCUUCGAACUCUUAUAGACUUGAGAAGAAAAGUGUCAAGAGAGCUCCUGGAAAGCAUCAUUCUAGUCAACACAAUUCACUUCUAGACAGUGUCAAGAGCAGAAGCCACCAAAAAAAAAACCAGUUACAACCAAUGACUUUGGGGUGCCCUACAACUUCCUAGAUUGCCAUUAACUCCUGCCACUCAGACCCAGACUCCCAUCUGCAGCUCACCUGGUGGUAAAGGGGUUAACCUUUUAUAGCCUAGUAGGUUAAGGAGAUAUGUCUUUUAUAUGUAUAACCCAGAACUCUGCCAAGUUAGAUGAUGUCUUUCAUAGUGAUCUGUACCCUAAUUAGUCCAAGUAGUCCAUAUUUUCUGUAUGUCAGACAAUGUCUUCCACCAAAUCCUAACGUCUUCCAAGAUGAAAACUGUCUUAAAACUGAGAGAAAUGAUGUAUGUAAAUAAUGUUUAACUGCCUUCCUGUGUAUAUAUAAUGGAGAAAUGCUAGUUUUUUAUACUAAAUAAGCCCCUAAUUUGCGUUCUGCAAAACUGCACUUUAAAGCCACUGAUGGCAAAAAAACACAA